AUGGCUUCUCUUGCCCGCCUGCUGCUUUUAAUACACCUCCACCGCAACGAUGCUUCAAGCUCCUCUCAUGGACUCCUCGUCCCUCGCCACUCCGAAGCCUACGACCCCGAGUUGAAGGACUUGGGGGUGCAUGGCUCCAUCAGAAGCGGCUUCAUCUCCAUCGGGGUCAUGGCCAUCCUGUCCGUCGUCGCGACCUUCACCCUCAUCCUCUUCCUGACCUACCGGUUUCUCUUCUGGAAGGCAUACUACCGAAACCCCGUCUCCCACAACCAGUACAUCAUCCUGAUCUACAACCUCCUUCUGGCAGACCUGCAGCAGGGCCUCGGGUUCGUGCUAUGUCUGUAUUGGGUUUCACGGGAAAAGGCAACAUACAAUUCAGCCGCUUGUAUCAUGCAAGGAUGGUGGGUGCAGAUCUCGGAUCCCGGUAGCGGUCUGUUCAUCCUGGCGAUCGCUAUCCACACAUGGGCGGGCGUGAUUCGAGGACGACAACUGCCGUAUUGGCUGUUCGUCGCCUGCAUCGUAGGCCUGUGGACCUUUAUCAUCGUCCUGGGUAUCAUCCCAGUGGGCUUGUACCAUCGUCGAGCCUUUAUGGUGUCUGAGGCCGGCUGGUGCUGGAUGGGUCGAGAAUACGAAUCCGCCCGCCUCUGGUGUCACUACAUCUGGAUUUUCAUUGCUGAAUUCGGCACCGUCACUCUCUACACCGUCGUGUUUUUCUUUCUCCGCAGGAAAAUGGCAAACGCCAAAGCCCUGCGGCGCAAUAAUACCGCAUCCCUGAAGCGUCUCAACCGCGUCGUCAUAUACAUGCUCAUCUACCCGCUCGUCUACCUGGUGCUGUCGCUCCCUCUUGCUGCUGGGUGCAUGGCAUCCGAGGGGAAAACCUUCCCCAGCCUCAACUACUUUGCCGUGGCCGGUUCCCUGAUGGCAUUUUCCGGUUUUAUGGACGUCCUCGUCUACACCCUUACUCGCAAACACUUGCUACUCGAGACCGACUUGAGCGUAACAGAUCCGCAUUCGGCCCACAAUCCCAACGUGGAGGCGAAUGAUGACCCGUACCAGACUGGGACUCGCAUCAGCAUCACAGCCGGGAAAGGAAUUAGCGCUAAUACCACCACGACCGAGACGGACGGGAAAAAGGGUCUCGCCAUCGCGUCUCGGAUCCGUCAUGGAUUCUCGCGAUAUCCCCGGGAGAACUCGAGUUCGACGGAAGAUUUUGUUAGAAUACGCGACACUGAGUUGGCGGAUUUUCACGGCUACGGUGUGUACCAAGAGACGACGAUUGAAGUCACCCAUGAGCCUUACGAGAGUGUAUCUGUGGAGUCGACGGAUCCAGUCCUUCCUAAGGAUGGGAAGGGUGGAUUCCGGUGA